UACACGAGGAAGAUAAAAACCAAUAAAAGACAACAGAAGAACUGAAGAGCAACACCAGAGAGAAGACAAGAGGAUUAAAGAGUUAAAGACAAAAAGUAAAAGAGGAGAAGGAGAAGAUGUGAAGGACAAAAUCAGGCAAAGGCAAAACCAGAUCAUAAUGUCUGAUGACAGAAAAGAAGAAGAUGAGGAGGAGGAAGUCACCUGUCAGUCUCUUCCCCCUCCUCCAGCCUCUGUUGCCUUGGAGACAAUGAUGUCACUGAGGAGGCAGGAUCUGGUGUGCAUUGUGUGUUUCGGAAGCUACGACCUGGUGAAGCGGCUUCCUAGGCGACUGCACUGUGGCCACACCUUCUGCCAGGCGUGUCUGAAGAGACUGAACACAGUCAUCAACGAACAGGUGUGGAUCCCGUGUCCUCAGUGCCGACAGAACACACCUUCACCUAAAGGAGGUGCCGCAGCUCUGGACCUGGACCUGGCCUCCUUCCUGGGAGUGAAGGCCUGCACCUCCUCCUCCUCCUCCUCCUGGAGCUCUGGUCGCAGAGAGGGCCUGUCAACAGCAGACGCAGCCCAGGAUGGGAAGCUGUGGCUGGGGAAGGAGGCUGUGGAUGAUGGUUGGUCACACGGAGGGCUGGCUGAGCCCCGCUUCCAUCACUAUGGCAACUGCUGUCCACCACUUUCCUAUUGGUUGUGCUGCUGGUUCUGUUGCCCAGGGCGAGGCUAACAGCAAUGGGUGGGGCUAGAAGGGCUCAAUGAUGGAGGUUUGGUUCACUCUUUAUGGUCCCCGAGUUCCUCCUUAAUGCAAUUUAACCAGGAUAUUUUGACCAUUUCCAAUGAAGAGGUAAACAGGAACUAAAGAUAAUUUAAUUACCAUGGUAACCAGGUAACAGCUCGGUGUUACCAGGCUGCACACCUGACAAAGAGUGAC